AACAAUCCAAGCAACACCAGGAACAACAUGAAAUUCUUAAGUAGGAAACAAUUUUAGGCAAAAACUUUUAAUUUAAAACUAAAUGAUUUCAUACAACUCUGGAAGUUACAUACUUUUGUACUUUAAUAAAAUAAACUAUAAAAAUGUAGAUGUAUCUCAUAGAUUUGUGUAUUGUUAAUCUGCUUGACUAAAGUCUGCAGUUUUGGACGACAAUGGUAAUAUUAGGUAUCACGAUUUCCUGAUUAUUCGUUAUCGCACGUCAUUGAUUCCACAAAAUAAUCCAAUCAAUUCGUAAGUGAUCACUUAAUGACUACCUUCAUUCGAUUCCCCCUCUUUUCUUUUUCAUUGACAGUCACAAUGACAACGUCCAGGCUAUGUUCCCACUUCUGUUUCUCUCAACUCUACUGAUCCUCUUCCAAUUCACUGUUCCCCAGAAUAACGUCAACUCUACUAACGACUGGGGUCUGUUCUUAUCAGUGUCGCAGAAGAGGGACGAGUUACCAAGUUACAAUAUAGGACAGUGGGUCCAGCAGCUGCACUUGCAGCAAUGCGCCUUCGUCGAAAUCGGCGAGAAUUUCUGUGCACUUUUCGUGGAGCUGAGAAGUAUACCAGAACCAGGAAAGCACCUGGACAAUUCAGAAGUUGGAGAAUUCUUCCUAGGACUUUGCACAUGCGAGACCCUGAGGUCGUGGAAUUUGUGCUCGAGUAACCUGGCCAAUGUUCGAAAAUCAGAAUGUACAUUCGCAGAAGCUAUUGCAACUGCAAAUACCAGUGCCAGAGUGCAUAGAAGAUUUUGCGACGUGACAUUACUGGCUAACGAGGCACAAGUUUGUAACUGUACAGUUCCGAUGGCAGGUGAACAGCUUUACAGGACAGAAGGUUUCCCCACGUGCUUUCGCAAUCCUUUACCUACCUCCAUAUGCGCUCCUCGUGGUGUCUGCGGAGUAUCCCGGUGCACGACCAUCACCAUAAGAGGAAUCCAUUCACCACGAUGCGACCCUGACUGUCACCAAAGGCAACCGUUCUGCGAAGAGGUCGGCCCUUGGACUUCGGUACCUCCGGUUAUCAAUUCACUUUGGUCACAUUGGUCCUUGCCAAAAUGUAACAAUACCUGUGGCAUGGGAAUGCUCAUGGCUACCGCAUUGUGUCGCAACCUAGUAACUGGAUCACCGGCUACGGAUUGUAUUGGUCCAGGUUCCUUUUGCUGUCCAAACACUGCAGCGCAAUGCAUUUGCGACGUUAGAAUCUCCAAUGGAAUCAUGAAAGCCAUAAGGUAUACGGGAUCCUGUACAUCUACGGAUGGGUGUGACGUCAAUGACGUGGAAGACGCAGAGCAAGGAUUUGAAAUACCUAGAGAUGUUAUCGAUCAGGAUUAUGAUAAAGUUGAUUAUCCACAAAACAGUCCAGGAGAGUAUCUGUACGCUUUUGAGUACGAGGGAACUCAGAAGCCGGUGCAACGUCGUCUCCUUGGAAGGUACAGGAACGGUUACGAUGACGAGAAUUUGAAUCUCGAAGAAUUGAAUAUGAAUUUCAUGGAGGAUAAGCGACAUAAUCAAGAAUCGUCAGUGAACGAAGAAAUGGCUGACGAUUCCGACGACGAAGCGGAUGACGAAGAAGACGAGGACGAGGACGAGGAUGAAGAUCAGCGGGUGAACAGCACAGAGGGCAACCAAGAUUACACCGACUAUGAUACUGUACUGGUCCAGCAGGUCGACUUCCUGGAGACCAUCCUCGAGGAGACCUCUGAUGAUCUUCAGAGCGACUCCGACCGUAGUGGUACUACCUAUUGGCUGGGAUCAGAUUCAGAAACCGAGAGUGUCAUUCAUAUAAGAAGAGCUGCCACAGAGGAGAAACCGGAUGGCAGCGGAAGCGAAUGUAACUCGGUAGUACCGAAGAAGAGACGACGUAAGAAUCCCGAGCGGAUCGGCGCAGUCGCCUGUCAGGAUGACCUCACGGCGUCCCCAAGAUCAUCGAGGUCGUCCAGCUCCACCGGAUCAAGUUCACUUCUGCAAUUUGAGUCGCUCGAGAGAACCUGCGCGACCUUGUCGCCAUCCAGUUACAGUUUCGACUCGCUGGAGUAUUCGAAUCGCUCGAAUUCCCAUUUCGAAAAUACCUCGCCGGACAGCCUGGAGCAGGACUAUGACAGAAUCGUGCCAAAUGGACUUCCUGGUGAAAAAUUGAACGACGGAUUCGGCAAGAUCAGACCGUACAGGAGCUUCGAGAGCCUGGGUACUUGUCAGAAGGAAGAGGAUGUCAGAGAAAAAUUUUCUAAUGGCUUCGCGUCUCUGUACUCGGACAGGAAUACGGAUUUGUCCAGGAGGAACGACGAUCACAGGAGAGACUUUUGGCACCAGGACGAGCCCGAGGAUUACCGGGAUGAUCGCGAGUACGACGAGGAGGACGAGGAACUAGCUGAAUUCGUACGCUUCGAGGACAGACUAAUUUUCGGCGACGUCUCGUCGAAUUACGCUACGUCCCUCGACUGUCGCAACACGAUCGAUCUACGAGAGAUCGGCAUUGAAACCAAGAGAGACGCCGUGUUCGAUUUAAAAUCAGGCCAGACCUCUAGUUCGGCGGCGUUACUACAGAGCAGGUUAAAUAUAGCGAGCAACAUGGCACGCACUGCCGGCCAACAAGGGUGGAGCAAACCACGUUUUAAUUUUAGAUUCACGGAUAAAUCUCAGAGCGUACCCAGUCUGCCCAGCAGCGUCUUCGCGUACGGUUUUGCGCAGCGCGACUUCUCCAGCACCGAAAGCGUUCCAAGUACAAGAGGAUCGUCCCAGUUCGAGAACUACACCAGGGUCUCCAGCGUACCCGUGGACCUUCACCUUUGCGGCACUUACACCCAGAAUGCACAUCCGCCCAUGGAGGAGAGUCUGAACGAUCACGAAAUGGCGGACGUCGGUUCUACGAUCCAGGAUGACGCAACGGAUCAGAUCAAGGCCCAGGAAGACGGAAGUGCCCCUGGUAACAGUGCCGUAGGCUCCUCCGUGAGGACGCAGGACAAGCAGGAGCUGACGAUGGUUAGACCCGAUAAUCCCCAGGAAGAGAGAGAGUCGUCGCCAGUUCCUAGGAAGCACCAGGUGACCUCUACGGUUAAGACCCAGGACAGGACCGAGAGCGCUGCCCUUGAGAUCGCCAUGGCCAUCGACGGAGACAUCGACGCCGUCGUCGACGAAGCUAUAAAGCAAUUCAAGCGUGAAGUGGAGGAGGCCACCGUGGAAGCCUUACAGAAGCCGCAGCAACAGAGAACUCGUAAAAUGAAGAACAACGCGAGCUACGAGUUGGCUCAGCAGUUUGAAAUUGAUGAGAGGAACUUCGCCAGGAUGCCUUCGUGCAAGGAAGUCGAAGCAGAGUCUUCGCCGAAGCCUGCUCCUAGAAGAAAAGUCCUGAACAAUGCCAGCUACGAACUGGCACAGCAGAUCGACUACAUCAAAGCCAUACAAAACGCAAGACCGUUUCAACGUAUGGAUGCGUGCGAUGAACUGGACGAGGCAGCAUCGUCGAGGUGUCUCAAGGUAACGGACCUAGUGGAGGAAUUGAGUCGAGGAUUCUCCAGUAACUCAACGUCGAAUCUCGCCACGGGAAAUACAAGGGAAGUGGCCAAUGACGUUCGAACUUACUCAAAGUCAACGGAAAAUAUCUCAACAUCCGGUAACAAGGCUUCCCACGCUCAGGAGAACCAUAAGAGUGAGAAUCACGUAGGAUCCACAUAUUCCAGCCCGAGGAAGUUCUCCGGGACCAAGCAGCAGUCCCCGAGUCCUCGACGGGACAUGGAACAGGAUGGUCUGUUUAGUCAGAUAAAAAAAAACUCGGAUUUAUUUUCAAUAUAUGGCGAAAGUGCUAGUCAUCCUGUAGACGACGAAGUAGACUCCCCCUAUUUGGAGAACAAACCCAUAGAAAUUUCUCAUCCAGAAGAUGGUAUACUCGACAGCGCCAAGUACAAUAGACCCGCAGACGAGAACGACAUCAUCAUAGAUCAUAAGAAGACCUUCAUCGGUGAGUUUUAUCCGGAGAAGAGUCCCCGUAAUCGCAAUCCCGUCUCCAGGUCGUCGUCGUCCAUUGAUCGAUCAUCGGCACAGGCAUCUGAUCAGGAAAUAAGCGGUGACAAAGGUUAUUGGAAUACGGAAGAGAGUCAGCAACAACUGGCGCUACUGGAUUGGCUCGAAGACUCAAAGUCCAUCCUGACGUCUCGCAACGCUAGAAAUUCCGUAAAGGAGUUCCAGACGCCGAGCUUCCACCAGGUGCUAAGGGAGUCUUCGGAUAGCCCGAGGAAAGUGAGAAACGGUAAGAUGGAAGAGGUAGAGGGUCCAGUACCUCGGGAAGCCAGGGGAACCACGUCGCGGCAGGAGGAGUCAGGACUGGUGGAGGAAGAAGAGAAAGAGCAUGAGGUGGAGGUGGUGGUAACGGAGCGACAUAAUGUCGGCAGUGUUCGUGGCUCCCCACUGGAGUCCAAGCCGGGUCCGAGGAGUGGGAAUCGAGCCGUAGUUGAUACGAAUCGCAUGGAUAACGAAGACGACAACAACGGGUUCGCCGCAGUACGCGAAGAGAUGUCAGCGUCGUCGAAGCGGGAGGUCGUCAUGGCGCCGUCAUCGAAAUUUACCUCGACAGCGUCGUCGGCGGACAGUGUCAGUACCAAGAGUGGAUCGGCUACUCCCGAGAGAAAAAAAGGACUUGGUGGUCUUCUUCAACGUUUUUCGAAAUUGCGAUUCAGUGGUAGGUCUAAGGUGCCGCGAUCGGAGGUGCAGAAGAAAAGUGAAGUCCAAGUGAAUCGUGCCAAGGUGACCAGCAACAGUGGGACUCCUGAGGGUCUUUCGAGAUCGAGGAACAAGGAACCGGAUUAUAUUAUCAUUCCCCUUCAUUCCCCGGAGGAGCAAAACAAAUUGAGAGAUGAGGACGUUGCUUUGGAAAAGAAGCUGGAGCAGAGAUCGGUGCCUCUCUUGGACAGAAGUGGAUCGAACGUUAGCACAAACGGGAGGCCGCCAGUGUCCAGCAAGCCACCUUUACCACCUCAACCGCCUCGCGCACUGGCGCUGGGGGCGAGGUCGACGUCAGGCGUCGCGACGCGCCGACGCGCCGCCACGGACCUUGGGAACCCGGCGGCCAUCGAGAUGGCGAAAGCCCGCACGAUGCAGGCUGGCUCGGAGCGCCCCGUCGGCCUGCUCGAGACCGACCUCGACGCCGCCGACGGCUCCGAGGGCGUCUCGACGCCCUCACCUGGUACAGGGCCACCUGGCAAGAAGACACGAAGUCUCCUCAACCUGAAUCACAGUCGACCUGGCCGAGAGGCCAACGAGGAGAACGCACUACGUGCACCGCAGUCGCCCGGAGGUAGCAGGACGCCCGUCGACGCCUCCGUCGCCACCAUCAACCAACGCCCCCACAAAUCCAUGGAGUUCCUCCUUGACAAAGAGAAUCUACACUUCGUUAAGCCACCGGAGAACGAGUUGCAAAAGGUCGGAGAACGAGUGCCAAGCGAACACGAGCUACGAGUACAAAGGUCCCUACAGCGACUCAACGUUCCGGAUUGGUACAAGAAUUCACCAGCUGCCAGGGACGGAUUUCGUCUUAAGCGACACUCGGACGCCUCGCAGCACGGUGGAUGGCGUGCUCUUGGAUCGAAGACCACAUCCCUCUCGUCCCUCUCGUCGUCUUCCAAUAGACAACCCACUACCGGUGCUCUACUCAGUCCAAGUCCCACGCCUCCUGUAUUCUCAAGAUGGAGCACCAGUCUGCUGAACAGCGCGGGAAGUUCGCCGGCCAGUUCCGCCAGAUCGUCCUUCAAUCAUCGACAGCCGUACCUUGGAUGGCGCUCUCAGGAACGCUUGGCCAAUCCAAGGACUCCUGCAGAACGUCUUGCUCAGGGUAUACUUCCCCAGCUGCAAUCAGCGAACAAGCAGCAGCAGCAGCACCAACAGCACACAACGAAUCAGCAGCUGGAGGUGAGGAACUCGAUAAAGGAAGUGACCUCGGCCAUUGUGCACUACGUACAAAGUGGCCAAGAGGUCGGUGGAGGUGGGAGGCUUUCUCCUCGACCUCGACCCGAAGACUGGGACGACAGGGGCGGCGCAAGAUCAACCAGCCCCAGAGGGAGUGUCAAACUCUGCUGGAUGGAAAGCUCCUUCGUCGGCUCGAGACCCGUGGAUUCGCCGGAAACCCCCAUGAGUCUAGCUACGGAAACGGAAUGCUGUGCCGUAUGUAAUGCCACUGUUACGGAAUCGUGUAGCUGCGUGGAUUCGGCGACUUCCGGCCUCUACCUGGACCUUACGCCAACGAGGGACGGUAUCCAAGAAGGGAGUAGUCUCUGCCCAUCCCCAACGUCCUCUAGGAAUUAUCAUCAUAGCCAACACCUUCAGCAACGACAUCAUCGCGGGUCGGGCCAUAGCGAUACGGAGGAGGCAAUGGCGGCGGCAGCUCUUCUGCGGAAUAAACCUAGCCCUGGUUCGACCACCCUGGAGGAUGUCCUAGACUCCCUCCUCGGAUUGCCUUCCGCCUCGCGAACUCCCAGCCCUGGACCCGGACCCGGAUCCGGAUCCUCUAUUCGUCAUCGAUCCAACGUCAACGCGAGUGCCAAUGCCGGGAAGAGCUGUAGCGACCUACGCCAAGACCUCCAAGCACACGAAUACACACCCAGUGGAGCUGGAACUUGCAUCAAGUCUGAGGGAACCCGGCUGAUGUCUGUCGCAGAGUCCGUUAAGCACGAAGGGAACAACCAGGAGGAGAGGGCUUCCUACUACGUCGGCGAACUCCUGGUGCGCCGGAAGAGCGAGGGCAGCGACACCAUACCGACGCGGGCCGUCGCCAAGGCUUCCAAUCUUCGCCACAGAAGAGUCUCCUUCGACAGCCAAGAGAACGGCACCGCCGAGAAGAUCAUACGCUGCAGGAACAACAAGUGCACCAAUUCAGCGACCGCUGCCGAGGCCAAGAAGAUCUACAAGAGCUGUCACAACUGUACGUGUCUUUAUUGCUCCAGGGAAUGUCGAAGGGCGCAUUGGCAGAGGCACAGAAGGACCUGCCUCUACUCCAGGGCGGGUGCACUCUGCAGAGAGGUCCUGUCUUCGGCCAAGGAGGAUCAGGGCACUCUCGGGCACGUAUCCGCCCUGGCACGACGGGGUUACGCCUCCCAUGGACGUGGCGCUGUCAAGUGCUUCUUCUCCAGCCCGGAAGCCGCUGAGAAGUUCAUCGAGAAUGGCUUCGUCGAUCUGGGCGAGCCGACCUACGUCAGGUGGUCGGAUUUGCUACCCAGCGAAAUGGGCGCUGAACUCUUCGCCGAGGUGAUGAAGCUCUGCAAGUCGUACAAUCCUGACACGCGACUCGUCCUCUACGUUGCUGUCUGCGUCGUCAGCGAGGUUCCUACCAGCGGGGCUGUCAAGUGGGAACGUCAGCUGGUCUCCAGAUGUGCCAAGCUUCGUUUGGACGCCGUCUCCAGGCAAACUGGAGCCACUGUCAACGUUAACGUACCAUCUAGACAGACUGCCAGUUCACCCUGCAAUAUCACCCGCGAGAUGGACUCACCGGAAACUCUUGUUCUCACCUCUUUUCCUGGUAGCAAUGGACAGAACACACCUCAGCGCGCCCGGGAGAUCAGCUUCACGAAUAUACAGCGACAGCUACGUCUACGCGGUGUCUCGCUUCGGAGACACUUCCCUCAGGUCUACAAGAAACUUUGCUCAUACGUCGACGGCUCCGUGGACAAAUUUGCACCGGUCACCAUCUACCCCAGGGAUCAGGCGUCGGGGAAGAGCUUCAUGUGUAUCAUAAUGCUGGACGCCGAGCCGGAACGACUUCAGCUCCUACCUACGGACUCCUCGAGGGUCAGGACGGUCGAUAUUAGCAUAGAACAGGAAUAAACCUUGUUAGGACGAUUAUAUUAUAGAUAUUUAUAUGUCUUUUGGGAGCAGAUCGUCUUUGCUUUUGUUCCGUCAAUUGGAUUCAUUGGGCGACUGGAUUUUUUAGAUUGGAUUUUAAUUUGAUAUUUUUACUUAGUAUUUUUCAUCUGCUUGUCAGGUUCGCGCGAACGUAGGUUAUAGUACAUAUUUUAGAUAACCAUUAUAAAUCGUCACUGUCCGAGUACGUUGUGAGGUUAUGCGGUAUUUUUAUGCCGUCUAAAUUUAAAAUCAACUUUCGGUACGCGGUACUUGUUUCCUUUAUUAAUAAGAAUUAAUGCGGAACAAAAGAUAAAUUCGAUCGAAUUUCUUACGAUGAAAGUCUUUGCUCACGAAUCAAAUCCUCUUGUACUUCUCGUUUAUCGCUCGAAGACUGUGCGUUUGGUGACGUCAUAUUGGAUUAAAAAUACCUUUACGAACGUCAUCGCGUGAUUCGUUAAUAUUUUUUGUUUUCAAAUCUCAAUUUUAUACUUCGCACUUCGCGUACUCUACUUCGUGACUCUCGAGGAAUCGUCCGUUAAAAUAAGUAUGGAAGGAAAACUCGACCUCCGGUGUUGGGGACACUGUGCCAAAGACUUGAGAAACGUUAAUUUCCAACAAAUGGUACCGAUCGAGACAUGCCAAAAAAAUAAGUAUGAGAGAGUAAAGAUCAAAAAAUAUAUAUGAAAGAAGAUGAAAAAGUUCCACGAAUUAUUUAUCAGUGGAAAUAUUUUUCUCUUUGACGCCAUUCCAUUCCCGUUCUUCUGGGUAGUCCUCGUAUCUUGAUCGUUAGCAUUUACCAACCAAAAAUUGCUACUACAACAUCGGAUUAAUAAACGCGUAGGACCAACCCAACUAGUCGUUCAAAGAAAUAGAUAAUGAAUUGUUAAACUACAGCCCUUAACCAUUAUAACCCCUUUCCCCUCUAGCGUCUGUUUUUGUUCCCACGCUCCCACCCUUCCCUUUUCCUCUUCCGAGUAUAUAGUAUAAUAUAAGUAAUACACAGUGUCGCUGGAUAGAUACGAGAGAUAACGGGAUACACAAACACGGGAAAUUAUUAGUGCCAAUAAUUGCGAAACAGUGCAAAAAAAAUACACGAGGGGCUCGCCGAUGUUUUGGCAGAAAAUCGUCAUGACGGUUAAAGAAGAAAAAGAGAAAGAAAGAGAAACGAUGGUUUUACGACGAUCUAACGAGAGUAACGGUUAUUCUUAUAUGGUAAAUAUAUAUAUAACAUUGGAAAUAGCCUGAAUAAAGCAUAUACAGUGUAGGUAUAUAUAAGAUUCAGUUAUAGGUAUAUAUUGUAUAUUGCUACGAAUAGAGUUUAUCUAUUGGUUUACUUGUUGCGAUAUUUAUCUACUCUCGAGAUAUACGUAUUUGCGAUUGGUUGAUUUGAAUAAUGGCGGGAUCGUGGAGCUCGUAAAAAGUGUAUCGUGUAACGACAUUAAAAUUUCGACUUUUUUAUAGACUGUACGAAUACAUUUUUUAUGUUGUUAUAUGUGUGUAUAGUGGUUACGGUUGCUUGCCUGUGUUAAUACUCUGAUAAUUAUUGUAUUUGAAUUUUAUUCUCAUUUGUAUAAGAUUGUCGCAACUUACGAGUCCACGAUCCACGGCCGGUAUGACGACGUUAUGUCUGAAUUAUUCUUGCCAAAGGCAUUAUAUUUAGAUUCGAUAAUUCGAAAUCGAUGAUUUGUCGAAGUAAAAGAAAUAUGAUCUUGAGCUAACGAUCCGUCGUGACGCGUCAUCAGUCUGACUUUCUAUAGAUUGACACUGUUGAAUUCUUCAUAGUUCCUUUAUCCUAUCUAUGAGAAGAAGAAGAGACAAGACAAAAAGAAAAUAACACGUUGGACGUAUUGAUUAUGUAUUUAAAUAUUCUAGCGUUGUAUUGUAUUAUCGCAGGAUAAAUUAAUUCGUGUUGUUCGUCGCGCUCUGCACGGCGAAAGUCGUAAUUGAUUUUAAAAAUGGCGCCACUUCGAAUAGCCGUCGCGUCAAUUCGUACGUUUCAUGGGAAUCGAGUUCAAGAAUAUUUCUAUGCGAUUCACUUUACCUUCGAAUUCUAUCUGUCAUUUAUCUCACUCCUGUUAUACCUGUCAUAUUUUAAUUACUAAACUCUCCUAUUUCUGCAGAUAUCUUACGAUCGAAAGUUUGUCAAUAACUGUUGCGUAUUUGAUUCGGUGAUAUUUUUGAUGGAAAUAAACUUUGCGUUGUAUUUAAAAUAUUUAUUUUGUUCGGAAAUAAUCGACGUGGCCAGAAUGCGUAUUUAUUUUAGAAAUGAGUUACAUGUAUAUGGAUAUUGGUACGAAAUAGAAAUCAAAGAAAAAAGUUAAUUGCGGUAUGAUCCGCGCGUAUAUCGAGGGAUUUUCAAUAAUUAAUACUAAUGAAGGAAAGAUUGAAGAGCAAACGUUUUUAAUUAUGCGACGUCCAAUAUGACGAGCGUUAUGCGAAAUUAUCAUUUUAACCAAUAUUUAUCGGUGCUAUCAUGUGCUACCAUUGUUUUCGCAUCUGUGUAUGUCUCAAUUUUUCAAAUAAAAUGUUAAUUUUA